AUGUAUGGCCGACGUGGGCGGAAUCGACGGGCCGAUCUUACGUGCGCCUAUCAUGAGUUGGGAAAACAGCUUACAUCGAGUGCGCUGCCUGUCGUAGGGCAGUAUACAUUGCAGCGGACCAUUGGUCAGGGAACGUAUGGCAAGGUUCGCUUGGCGACACACCGCCUGAUCAAUGCACGUGUGGCUGUGAAGCAGAUACCCAAACAGCAUGUAGCGAGUCUAACGCGGGAGAUCCACCACCACCGGCGACUGCAUCAUCCAAAUGUCCUGCAGCUGUAUGAGGUGAUCCAAACAGAGUCGCAUAUUUGGAUGGUCACUGAACUAUGCACAGGAGGCGAGUUGUAUGACCUCGUUGCUCGACGGGGUGCGUUGCCAGAGACUGAAGCGUGUGCUCUUUUCAGCCAGCUGUGUCUUGCUGUUUCAUACAUACAUGAGCUGGGCAUCGUACAUCGCGACCUGAAGCUCGAGAACAUCCUGCUCGAUGGAAAGGGCCAAGUGAAGCUGAGUGACUUUGGGUUCACUCGCGAGUUUGAAGCACAUCAAGCCCUUGAUACUCGUUGUGGCACACCACUGUACUCGGCACCUGAAAUGCUUGAUGGUCGCCGCUACAUGGGCGAGGCCGUCGACGUUUGGUCGAUGGGUGUCAUUCUGUACGCGCUUGUGUGUGGAACCUUGCCCUUUGAUGACGAUAACGAGGCUGUGUUGUAUGAGAAGAUCUUGCAUGGCGAGCCAGUGAUUCCUUCUUCCCUCUCGCUUGAUCUUCAAGACCUUCUUCUUUCCAUGCUACAAAAAGAAGCAGUGCACCGUCCGUCGAUCUCCUUGAUCUUGCGUCAUCCGUGGCUCCACGCACAUCCGUCUCCUUCGUCUACGGACGGCGGAUCGGCACGGCCCGCGACCUCACGCCCACCUUUGAUGGAAAGCGACGAGGAAAAGCAGCUUCUUCAUGCUUUGCAAGCUCUGGGUCUCGCUGUUGGUCAGAUCCGUCAUAGCGUGCUGACACAUGCAUGUGACUCUGCCGGCGCAUUUUGGUGGCUCCUGCUUCAGCAAACACAGAAACGUUCCUCAUUCCCGACCACCGGAAGCACGCUUCAUCUAUCGGAGGGUACACUGACCAAAUCGGGAAGCACGGCAGUCGGGUGCGCCCAGCGCAAGGACUCUGACGCACAUCACAGCACUACUGGCGGCUGUGGCAGUCGCAAUGCCAAUCCUGCCGUGUCAGGACAUACGCAAGAGCUCCAAGACACUGUCAGCAAUGCGUCUGUUGAUGCGAUCGACGAGCCAUCCGCCCGUGAGUCUCUUGCUCUCGCCAUGCCUGGCGUGCACAUAUCACGGCAAAAGUCGUCGUCGUCUCCAUCGCUCGGCUACCCAUGCAAAGCCUCUCUAUCGUCAGGAUGUGCAUCGCGAGAGUCAUCUACACCGGCUUCUCAGCCAGUGUCCCCGCCCAUGAAGGAGCUGCCAUCGCUUUCUCAGCAUGAUGCACAGUCAUCGUCCAUGCCCUCACCACUGCCGCCCCUCGUACUUCCCCUGCUACAACGCACACCAUCCAGCUCGAGCCGUGUCUCGUCGUCGCAGGAUCAGCCGAGUCGCCCUGUCUCGCGCAGUAGUAGGACAGUGGGGCGCCGUCUUUCUGUGAACAGUGCCGGAUCUUUGCCGUCGUUCAGUGCAUUCCCACUCGUGCACUCAUCGAGCCAGCCGUCUCGCCACGCACCCCGGCGCCGUCGAGACUCAGAAUCCAACGUGUAUCGUCUGCGAAGAGAUCGCAGCAUCCAUCGACACCAAGGCCUCGGCGGUGGCCGCUUCACGCCCCAUGUACGCAGCACGCAGUCCUCCUACUCGUUUGACCCACAACAUCCGCGAUCGCUGGACGAUCGUGCACUCACGUGCCUGGAGGCGCAACGCGCGUCUCUGGACGUUCGAGAGUCGUCACCCAAGCUCUUCUCCCCUAGUAUGGGUGCUUCGUCUGUCCAAUUCAUGAAGCAUAGUCGUUCGCCGUUCGGAUUCCGGGGACCAUUGUUUUCAUCGCCGCUUGUAACACCCAAACGCAAGCCGCGCACUCGUCGCUUAGAACAGCAGUCUGCCAAGGUGCAAACUCUACGGUCCGGUCCGUCUCCCAGCCCACGAUCUCAAAGCCUAUCACUCUGUCCUCGCACAUUCGUUGGCGCUGAUGACGAAGAGGAUGACUGGAUUGACGAUGAGUGCGUGUUUGUUGGAGGACUGGGCCAGGCCCCCCGGUCAACAACGAGCUUGGACCGUACAUGCGGCGCACGGCCACGGCGUGGCUCACCGUGCCCCAUGCCGCGGCCACGUUGGUGGGCUUCCUCAGGUCCUAUCGCUGCAGGUGUGCCACCCGCCUCGCUGGCAUCGUCAACGCCAACUGGUCCAUCAUCGUUUCCUGCUACAUACGCUGUGCCUGAUACCGACGUCAUGGGAACUCCUCUACGACACAAAAUCCGUCGCGACGUACAAGCCGCUGUGAUUCAGGAAGAAGACGAUGCAGUGACGGACGGCCAUAGUCUUUGA